AUGUCUGUCCCAACCUUAUCAAAUAAGCCAGAAAACAUCGACCUGCUUGUACUGCCGCCUGGAGAAAAAAAAGUCAAUUGCGAAAUAUCGGAGAAAGGCGACUGCAAUAUAUUUACCAUAAAACUGGAGGACCACACCAUAGGGAAUUUGAUAAAGCAGGCACUUUGCCAAGACCCCAAGGUCACGUUCGCAGCAUAUAGACAACCGCAUCCUCUGCAAAACACGAUCGAAAUAACCAUUAAGCCGAAGGGUUAUGCAGGGGUUAAGUUGCUUUCAGAUAAUGUGAACAGUUUGCUGUCCGAUGUGUCACAGCUGCGGGAAACGUUUAAGAAAAAGGUCCAACGGUACAAGGAAAAGAGUGUGUAUUACGCAGACGAGUGA